GCAAGUUUUAGUCCCACUACUUUUAGUCAUGGGACUAAAACGUAUCCAAGCAUGCUCUUACAUGUAGCUAUAUGUGGAUUUGAAUUGAGCGAAGCUUUGCAUAUUCAAAAUUUUAAGUCAAAUGAGACGUGCAUUGCAUGUGCAAAGUUAUUAGUGCGUCAUUAAAGAACAGAGAUCCGACGGUGCCGCGAGCGGUUUACGCGUGCUUAAAUUCAGUUUGAAACGUUUUCCAAAUUAGUAGUAAAAGGUAUGGCAGUCCGGUUCGGUCCCGCGCUAGUUCGGCGCCCAGGCCGUAGCACCAAUAUAUGGAGACCAUGAGCUACGUACGAGCGAUAAGUUGAAUCGACUCUCGGCAUCACGGUAUCGAUCGCGUGCUAGCUGCUCAUCUGUUUUGCACGUACGCCAACCCGGCGACGGCGUACGAACUUGACUCCUCACGAUGGCAACGACGGCGCGCUUGAUCCUGCUCGCCGUCGCCGUGUCGUUGAUGCUGCAGCUCGCCUCCGUGUCGGCGGCGCCACCGUCGGGAUCCCGCGGCGGCGUUACGCUGCGCGUGGAUGGUAGACAGGUGCGCAUAUAUAUAAGUAUAUGGCUAGCUAGUUGCUUGUCGUUGGUGCAAGUCCAUGGAUCGAAUUCGUCGUCGGUUCCGACAGCUAGCUGUGUUAUCUGCAUAGUUCGUUUCUUUUCAAACUACCUGGAUGUUGACUAUAUAGACGGCUUUUUUGGGCCAUAAAAUCACAUGCAAUCAAGCGUUUUAAGCUGCAUGUACAUAUAUACGUAUGACUCCGUACUUAAUAGUAACUUGGAUACUUACGUGUGCAAUGCAUGCAAGUGGUGGUGGACAACGGGUUGGUGCAGGUGUCGCUGUCGAGGCCCGGGGGCCACAUCACCGGCGUCCGCUACGGCGGGGAAGGGACCAACCUGCUGCACUCCAGCAGGAGCAGAAACACUGGCGGGUACUGGGAUAUGGUGUGGGACAUCCCCGGCUCCGAUCAACGAGACUUGCUCAAUUCGCUGGAUGGCUCGGAGUUCAGGGUGGUAACGCAGAGCGACGACCAGGUGGAGCUGUCGUUCCGGAGCACGUACAGCCCGGAACGUCGGAACGCCGUCCGGCUCAACGUCGACAAGAGGCUGGUGAUGCUCAAGGGCAGCUCCGGGUUCUACAGCUACGCCAUCCUGGAGCACGGCGCGGACACGCCGGCCAUCGACAUCACCCAGGCCCGGCUCGCCUUCAAGCUCAACACGGACAGGUUCAACUACAUGGCCAUCUCGGACGACGUACAGCGGUACAUGCCGCGGGCGGCCGACCGGGACUCGUCCCGCAGCUCCCCGCUGGCGUACAAGGAGGCCGUGCUGCUGGUCGACCCGGCGGAGCCGCAGUUCAAGGGGGAGGUGGACGACAAGUACCAGUACACGCUGGACACCAAGGACAACCGGGUGCACGGGUGGGUCAGCACUAGCAAUGGCCAGCCGAGCCACGUCGGCUUCUGGCUCGUCACCCCGAGCAGCGAGUUCAAGAGUGGCGGGCCGCUCAAGCGAGACCUCACCUCGCAUGUCGGCCCGACGUGCAUCAGCAUGUUCCAUGGGAGGCACUACGUCGGGAACGACAUUGUGGCGCGCAUCGGGGACGGCGAGCAGUGGAAGAAGGUCAUGGGCCCCGUGUUCGUCUACCUCAACUCAAACUCGGAGAAGGGAGACCCGCGGGCGCUCUGGGAGGACGCCAAGGCGACGGCCCAGGCCGAGGCGGCCAAGUGGCCCUACAGCUUCCCGGAGUCGCCGGACUUCCACAAGGCCGGCGAGAGAGGCUCCGUCACCGGCCGAUUGCUCGUAAGGGACAAGUACGUGAGCAGGGAGAAUAUGCCUGCUCGGGCAGCUUACGUCGGCCUGGCCGCGCCCGGGCAGCCUGGCUCGUGGGCGACGGAGAGCAAGGGCUACCAGUUCUGGACAACGGCGUCGAACACUUCCGGCGAGUUCACCAUUGGCAACGUCCGGGCAGGGGAGUACAAUCUCUACGCGUGGGUUCCCGGGGUUCUCGGCGAUUACAUGAACACCACCCGCGUCACCGUAACACCCGGUGGUGCAAUCAACCUCGGCGAUCUUGUGUACGAGGCCCCGAGAUCAGGGCCGACGCUGUGGGAGAUCGGCGUCCCUGACCGGAGCGCGAAGGAGAUGUUCGUCCCCGACCCCGACGCGAAGUACCUCAACAAGCUCUUCCAGAACAAAGACAGGUACAGGCAGUACGGGCUGUGGGAGAGGUACGCCCAACUGUACCCGACGGACGAUCUCGUCUACACCGUCGGCGAAAGCCAUCACUCCAAGGACUGGUACUUCGCACAUGUCACAAGAAAGGCCGGCGACGACAUCGUGCCGACGACGCGGCAGAUCCGGUUCCGCAUGGGCCGCGUCGUGCCCGGCGGCACCUACACCUUGCGCGUGGCCCUCGCGGCCGCUCACGCGGCGAGGCUGCAGGUCCAGGUGAACGGGGGGACGAGGCGUGGUGGCGGCAUCUUCGGCACGCCGGCGUUCGGCGACGGCAACGCGAUCGCGAGGCACGGCGACCACGGCACGCAGUGGAGCUUCGAGUUCCCGAUCAGCGGGAGACUGCUCCGGGAAGGCGACAACAUCAUCCACAUCACGCAGACGAGGGCGAACAGCAUAUUCUUAGGGGUCAUGUACGACUACAUUCGGUUUGAAGGACCUCCCGGUUCUUCCUAG